AUGGUGAACUGGACGGCCGAAAAAGACCAGACUAUCCUCAAGGGCAUCUUCAAGUUCCACACCAUCAAGAACUCAAAGCCGCUGCUCGAUUUCUUGGCCAGAGAGAUCGGCGAAGGCUGCACUGCAAAGGCGGUAUCACACCGUCUUACGAGCUUUCGCAACGGUGGAAAGGCGCUGGACAAAGGCAAGACUGCAGUUCAAGGCUCUCCAUUUACUCCAAAAGCUGCGGCCGCUACUCCCAAAACCCCUAGCACCUCGAAGGCUUCCGCAUCUCUUGGCUGCAGCAAGACCUCCGCGAAGAAGUUCGUGGAAGACAGAAGCGUCACUGAUGAAGAUAUUUCCGAGGAUGAUAUGCCUGUCUCUCCCUCUGCCGGCCGCAAGCGCGCUCGUGCGUCAAAGACCCCGAGGUCUUACGUCGAGUCGGACGCUAAGUCCAACGACGAGGAUGAAUUCACCCCUCCGACCAAGCGGGUGAAGGAGGAGUUCAAAGAGGAUGAGGAGGAAGAGGAAGAAGAAGAGGCAUUUGUUUGA